UUUUUUUUAUUUGCUUUUUUAAGUUCCAUAAAAUUAUCAUCAUCAUCCUUACCUCCAUCAACUAGUCAACAAACAAAACACCAACAAUUACCUUCACAUUUUGAUCAUUCUUUCUCUUCAUCCUCUUCCUCUCCAUCUUCCUCUUCGUUAUCUUCUUCACGUCUUUCAUCAUCAUUUUCUUCUUCAUUUGAUAAUUCUUUAUCUACAAAUUUUUCUUUUCACCACCGUCAUCGGCGGAGAGGGGGAAUGCGCUGGCUUAAAAAACGUCCAGAAAAGGCUUAUUGUCGAUUACUUAGAGAAAACACAACAUUUCACGGAAUUAGAGAUUCAAUAGCUACUGGGGGUUGGUUAAGGGCUCUUUGGAUUUGUAUUAUUUUUCUAGCUUCUAUGGCUGCUUUAAUUGGUUGUGGAUUUAUUGUUUGGGAAUUUAAUAAUCGUCCUUUAUCAGUAACUUAUAGUAUAAGAGAAAAUGUUAGUUUAAUAAUCCCAGAUAUUAUAAUUUGUCCAUUUAAUCGUUUUAACAAAACUUAUUUAAAUUAUUGGAAUGUUAGCGAUAAUUUAGCACAAUAUUUGGAGGUAUUUUUAAAAAAGAAAAUAUAUUUAAAUUUAAUUUUAAUUACUUUAAAGUUAGCAUUUCCCCAAGCUUCCCAACAUCCCUUUCAAUACAAAUCUUACAAAAAUUUAAUUGACAAAAUAAAUGAAUUGGAAGAGGAAUUAAAUAAAUUAUUAUUAAAUAUUGGAAUUUCUUUUGCUGAAUUUAUUGAUAAAGCAGCAAUUAAUUGUAAAGCAUUUUUUGCGAGUGAUAAAUCAAUUUGUGAUAAUUCAAAAGAAUUAAUGUCGAUGACUGGAAAAUGUUUUAGAAUUAAAGGGGAAGAACAAAAAAUUGAUGGAAAUGGACAUCCACAAAAAUUAAUUUUAAAUUUGCCAACGAAAUUAUUUAAUCCGGCACCCAAUCAAAUGUUAAAUAAUGGAAUUUUGGUUAAAUUAGCUGAGAGAAAUAAAGGAAUAGAUCAUGACAUGUCAUUUAUACCUGCUGGGGUACAUGCAAUGAUACAAUUAACUGCAACACGUUUUGAAUUUAAACAUUAUCCCCCUCAUUUCCUUUGUAGAGAAGAGGAAGAAUCUUAUUCCCGUGUUUGGUGUUUUGAGAAAUGUUUUCUUGAGGAAGCAGAAAAGAAAUGUAAUUGUUCUUUAGCGGCAGCUUCCCAACCUGGAAGUCCAAAUAUUUGUACACCCAGACAAUUCUUUAAUUGUUUUUAUAUUGUUUUACAAUUUACAAAUGCUAGUUAUGUUGAUGAUAAUGUUGCGAAAUGUAAAACAAUGUGUUUACCUCCUUGUCGAAAUUGGAGAUUUGAUAAAACAAUUAGUUAUGGUCAAAUUUCACUUUGGAUUGGAGGCUCAAUUAUUUCAGUUAUCCAAUUAAUUAUUUAUUUAAUUAGUUAUUUAUUUGUUUAUUUUCGUCGAACACGCCAAGAAACAAUUAAAAGAAUGAGAGAAAAUAGAAAAAGAAGAAAAAGUGAAUUAUUUAAUAUUGAAAAAAAUAAAAAAGAAAUUGCUUUGGAAGGUGGAUUACCUGAACCUGCAGAAAUUGAAAUUUUAUGUCAAAAAGAAAAAAGAAAAAUUAAAAGAAAAAAUAAAAAAGAAGAAAAUAAAGGAGGAGAAGAAAUUAGUAGUAAAUUAAAAAGGGAAAUUAAAAGAAGGAAAAGAAGAAGAAAAAUUGGUAAAGAAAUUAAAUUUGGUUAG